UCCGUUUCGUUCCGGUUGUAGGCAGUGGCAGUGACUGCAUUUCCUACCACGGGUCGGCUUUUAAAAAGUGCUUUCGCCCCGCCUCGUGCCACGAUUCCCCGUUUAGAUGUUAUUUUCGCGCUAAUCCGCCCUGCUUUUCUCCUAAAUCCUCUGCUCGUAGUGUUGAGGGUGUCUCCUUUGCAUCAAUGGCUUGACUUAAGGCUUUCUUUAACCUCCAGAGAAGUUCAAGACGGACCAUCUGAUCUCCUCCCCCCGGUCCCAGCAGACUAGCUGACUGCCUGGCUGCAUGUUUCAUUCGGACAGCUACAGACACGCAGCCGGCUCCGCAUGUUUUUUCCCAUAUCACGGGUAAGAGACCCUGACCGACGGAGGAUCUGCAGACGGAUCCCAGCCGUUUGUGCCCCCCUGCGAGCCUUAAUCUUCUGAAAAGUGAUGGCGGAGUGGGGAGCAGGGCUGCUCCUCUUGCUCUCCUGUGCCAGCCUGCUUCACCCGUCUGCCCCGUCCAAACACCCCAGCAAAGGUGCGUCUCCUCGCUCCUUCACCGCCUUCUGGUUCUCGGCUGAGCCUGCAGACACAGUGACCGUGCGGGGCGGCCAUGCCCUGCUGAACUGCUCGGCGCACAGUCAAUGGGGGGGGCCGCCGCGCAUCGAGUGGAGGAAGGACGGCGCCAUCCUCGAACCUGCAGCCGACGAUCGGCGGCAGCUGCUCCCCGACGGCUCGCUGCUCAUCUCUGGCGUGCUGCACGGCAAGAACAACAAGCCCGAUGAGGGUGUCUACCAAUGCGUGGCUUCCGUCGAUGGCCUGGGCUCCAUCGGCAGCCGCACGGCUCGCCUCACGGUGGCCGGUGUUCCCCGAUUCUCCAGUCAGCCGGAAGUGGCCUCGGUGCAUCAUGGCGACAGCCAGGUGCUGACCUGCGAUGUCAACCUGGAGCUGGCUGCGUUUACCCACUGGGAGCGCGAUCGGCAGCCCCUAGAGCUCAGCCCCAGGGUGCUACAGCUGCCGGGCGCCGCUGUGGUCAGCACUGCAACCGAGGCUGAUGUGGGUCGCUACCGCUGCGUGCUGGAGAACCUGGGGCCUUCCAAAGCCAGCGAGGAGGUCGAGCUGCAGGUCAUCCCAGAGGAUGGGACAGAGAGGGCGCUGCAGUUCCUGCGACAGCCGGAGUCAGUGACAGUGCUUGCUGGGGAGAGCGCACUGCUGUCCUGCGUCGCUGUGGGGUACCCCAGGCCGAGUGUGCACUGGCAGCGGGGUGCUAUGCCCCUCAGCGACAGCGAUGGACGCUUCGAGAUUGUGGGUGGCGGAAGCCUCCGGAUCAUCGACCUGACCGAGGAUGACACAGGAACCUACAGUUGUGUGGCAGAGAGCGGGAAUGAGACCAUCGAGGCGGAGGCCGAGCUCCGUGUGCGAGUUCCUCCCCGCUUCCUGAAGACUCCCUCCAGCAUCUACGCCUACGAGUCCAUGGACAUAGUUUUUGAGUGCGAUGUCACGGGUUCCCCACCCCCAACCGUCAAGUGGGUGAAAAACGGAGACGCCAUUAUUCCAGGGGACUACUUCAAAAUAAUUAACGAGCAUGACCUGCUGAUUCUGGGUCUGGUGAAGUCCGACGAGGGUUUCUAUCAGUGCCUGACGGAGAACGACGCUGGGAACGUCCAGUCCAACGCGCAGCUCAUUAUUCUGGAUCACAAUGUCCCCAUUCCCACUGCCCCUCCUCCCACACUAACCACUGCCCCUGCUGCUCAUGUAGCCCCUGCCCCCCCAGGGAGCGGCCGUGGUUCCACCCCCUCCGCCCCACGUGAUGUCGUGGCCUCGCUCGUCUCCACCCGCUUUGUGAAGCUCACCUGGCGCCCUCCCGCCGAGCCUCACGGCGACAACCUCACCUACUCAGUCUUCCACCGGCUAGAGGGGGCAGCCAGGGAGCGGGUCCAGAACAGCACGCGGCCCGGGGACCUGCAGGUGGCCGUGCAGAACCUCAUGCCCGACACCAGGUACUCCUUCCGCGUGGUGGCCCACAACCGGAUCGGCACCGGAGAGAGCUCGGCCCCCAUCACCGUGGCGACCCAGCCUGAACUCCAGGUGCCAGGCCCUGCACCUAACCUCCAGUUGGUGUCCGUCACCCCCACCUCUGUCACGGUCAGCUGGGGGACACCCCUGACGGGCAACGGCGAGAUCCAAACCUACAAGCUGUAUUACAUGGAGAAGGGUGUGGAUGGGGAGAAGGAUGUCGAGGUGGGAGGCCUGUCCUACACCGUUACUGGCUUGAAGAAAUUCAUGGAGUACAGCUUCCGCGUGGUGGCCUACAAUAAGCAUGGGCCCGGGGUCUCCACGGAGGACAUGGCCGUGAAGACCCUGUCUGAUGUCCCCAGUGCCCCCCCGCAGAACCUCACCCUGGAAGCGCAGAACUCAAAGAGCAUCAUGGUCCGUUGGCAACCCCCGCCCCCUGAUACCCAAAACGGAGAGCUGAUUGGUUACAAGGUCCGCUAUCGCAAAGGCUCACGCAAGAGCGAAGCGGUGGAGACGACAGGUGGCACACAGCUGUACCAGCUCAUCGACGGUCUGGAGCGUGGGACGGAGUACAGCUUCCGUGUUUUGGCGCUCACCGUGAAUGGCUCAGGACCAGCAACCGACUGGGCCACAGCGGAGACCUUCGAGAGCGACCUAGAUGAGAGCCGUGUGCCAGACGCCCCCACCUCCCUCCAUGUGCGCCCGCUGGUGAACAGCAUCGUGGUGAGCUGGACGCCUCCAGAGAACCAGGAUGUGGUGGUGCGUGGCUACACCAUCAGCUACGGCAUCGGAAGCCCCCAUGCCCAGACUGUCAAGGUGGACCACAAGCAGAGGUUCUACAGCAUUGAGAACCUGGAUCCGAGUUCCCACUAUGUGAUCACGCUGAAGGCGUUCAACAACCUGGGUGAGGGCAUGCCCCUGUACGAGAGCGCCAUCACCAGGCAGCAGUCAGACCCCAUAGACCCUGACGUUGAUUUGUACGAAAUCUCCCAUGCCCCAUACACCCCAGCACCAGACCCCAGCCCCAUGCUGCCACCCGUGGGUGUUCAGGCUUCUGUCCUCAGCCAUGACACCAUCAAGGUCUCCUGGGCCGACAACUCGCUGCCCAAGAACCAGAAGAUCACGGACAGCCGAUGGUAUACGGUGCGCUGGAAGACCAAUAUCCCUGCCAACACCAAGUUCAAGACCGCAAACACGACCACCCUCAGCCACAUGGUGACGGGCCUGAAGCCCAACACGCUGUAUGAAUUCUCCGUCAUGGUGACCAAGGGCAGAAAGAGCAGCACCUGGAGUAUGACGGCCCAUGGGACCACUUUCGAGAGCAUUCCCAGCUCGCCCCCGAAAGAUGUGACGGUGGUGAGCAAGGAGGGCCGUCCCCGCACCAUCAUUGUCAACUGGCAGCCCCCGUCAGAGGCCAAUGGGAAAAUCACAGGCUACAUCAUCUACUAUAGCACAGACGUCAAUGCCGAGGUGCACAACUGGGUGAUCGAGCCCGUGGUGGGGAACCGGCUCACCCACCAGGUGCAGGAGCUCACCCUGGACACUGUCUACUACUUCAAGCUCCAGGCUCGCAACUCCAAGGGCAUGGGGCCCAUGUCAGAGGCCGUUCAGUUCCGCACCCCUAAGGUGGAAUCUUCUGACAAAAUGCCUAAUGACCAAGCAUCUGGUCUUCCGAUGAAGCCUGGUGGCCGAGGUUCCGGCCCAGACCACAGCCUCGGGUCCCCAUUUGGUAAACCCGGCAUGUCGGGCAACAGCAGUGACAGCCACAUGCUGGUCAUUGUCAUCGUCAUCUCAGUGGGGGUGUUCACCAUCAUCGUGGUGCUGGUGGGGGCCUUCUUCUGUACACAACGCAGCAGUUCCCACCAGAAGAAGAAACGGGCGGCCAGCAAGUCCGCCAACAGCUCCCACAAGCACAAGUGCAGCUCCAAGGACCUGAAACCACCAGACCUGUGGAUCCACCACGAGCGGCUGGAGUUGAAGCCCAUGGACAAGUCUCCGGACCCUAACCCGGCUGUGAGCGACACGCCCAUCGCCCACUCCUCCCAGGACAUCAUGCCGGCCGACAGUAGCGUGACUACCACUGGCCACCAGAGGCGCAACUCUUACCGGGGCCUCGAGGCAGAGGACAGUGUGUCAGCACUCGGAGGAAGGCGUGGGAUCCGGCCCAAGAUAGUGAUGCCAUUUGACACGCAGCCACCGCAGCCUGUGAUUAGUGCCCAUCCCAUCCGAUCGCUCGAUAACCACCACCCGCUUGUGGGGGGGGCAGCCCCACCCUCAUGCGGUCACCUUCGCUACCCUGUCAGCCUUGGCCCCCCUCUGUCAGCCUUGGCCCCCCCCAAGUCAGACCUGUCUGACUCUGCAGAAUCCGUGAGAAGCACCCCCAGCGUAGAGCCCCUGCCGGGCUCCAUCCCGCACGCCGGUCCGACUGAGCACGCUCAGACGGAAGGCGGAUUCCACGGCUCUGCCCCUGAUGCCGAGUCUGGCUUCCACCCCCCCACUGCUCACGUCCGGCCCUCACACCCCCUCAAGAGCUUCGCUGUGCCCCCUGUACCUGCGCACGGCCCCGCCUUUGAACCAGCUUCCCUGACAGGCCCCCCCAGUCAGCUGGCCUCGGUAAAGACCGCCUCUGUCGGUACGCUGAACCGGGCACGCCCCCCCAUGGCUGUGACGGUGCCCAGCGCCCCAGACAUCCCCGAGACUAGCAAGAUGCUCGAGGAAGCAGAGAGUAGUUAUGAGCGAGAUGAAUUGAGUGAGGAGAUGGCUCACCUGGAGGGGCUGAUGAAGGACCUGAACACCAUCACCACUGCAUGAGCCCAUGCGUCAUGUGGACUGACCGUCCGACAGGUUGCAUGGACUGACUCAUAUCAAGCUUUGAGGACAUCGUCUGGCCCGACUCACUUUGUCUCAGGAAGUGAGACGGCCGAUUUUAAGAGAGCAGCCGCGUAUCCUUAGGAAUAAAUUACCUUUUUUUUUCGUUCGCAAGUCUUGGUGCUCACUCGCGAAGACUGCUCCUUCCAGAACAACAAACACAACAGACAGAGGCUUCCUCUGGUUGCCGGGGGAACCGAUUUCGAAGGAGGUGACUUUAGCACCCCUCCCGGAGAUGGAGGGUGCUGUGUUUUGUGGUGCUCGCCCCUAAAGCCCGCUGCGCUCAGACGGCAGGGCUUUUGUCGUUAACGUGUGCUUUCCGACGAAGUGAACAUGGAACCACAGUCUGUCAUUCCUACCGUCUGGCCAUUUUUAUAUCAACUGUUCAGUAUGAAGGCCUCGUACUUCCCUCCUUUGUCAUAUAUUGUGCCAUGCUUUCAUUAUGGUCUGAUAUGUUGCUGAUAUGUAUUGUUUUAUAUUCGUAUGCAUAUAGAUAUGUAUAUAUGUUUUUUAACUGCCUCAUUUCCGUUCUGUAUUGUUGUAUUUCUGGAAUCGCGGAUUUCCGCCACAGACAUGCCGCUUGUCACUUAUUGGUUAAAAUAUGCUGUCACCUGGGGGGGGCAUUUCUAAGGAUUCAUAUGUGCAGUACGCCACCUCCGCCCCCACACACACCCAUAAGCUGUUCUAGGGGCAUUUGGGAGAACAUCCCCCUGGAAAGUAAGUGUCCAUCCCUGCUGUCUGUCACCUGGGGGGUCUGCUGGAUGACAGCAGCUCCAGGCCUCCAGCCAUGAAGCACAGUGUUCUGAGGUCUUGGGCCUUUGUAGACCCCAAUUCUGCAUCCCUUGAAAGUUAGUGAAGCUCAAGGUUCGUCCCAGAAACACCCCAGCUGCCCCCCCCCCCCCCACCCCAAUCAGCGGACCCCACUGAAAACAAAUCACUGCUCUCUGAGAUGAUCACCAGGGUCGCUCCCCCUUGCUCUCUGUCUCCCACCCCUCCAACAACCUUGGUUCUAAGCGAGGCUGCUGGGCUGGGUUCUGUACGGGCUGGCUGGGCCCUCACGCUGGAAUGCAGCCUGCUGAUCAUGCUGUGCAGAGGAUGCCUGGGCAAGUCAGGGGUCUGCUGGUGAUGUCUGGGUGAACUUUGUCUACAGAGUCAGUGUUAGAAAGAAGUUAAAGCGCUCAUGUAACAGACGGUGCUCUUAAUUUUCCCCAUUUUUACCCAAAGAGAGAGGUCACUGCAAUCGCUGUUCCCCUGCACCUUGGUGAAUGUCACACUUCUCAUGAAUUACAUCUUCUUGAAUGUUAAUGUAACUAUGAAAUCCUGCUUAUGACAACAUAAGACGUUUCUAAAGGAUCGACCGGGAGAUCGUUUGUUAUGUUGUAAGCCGAACUCGUAUUGCACUUUUUCCCCACGAUUUUCAGAACUGCAUUUCUUACGUAUCCUGUGUUUUUAAGAAUAAAACUGUUUGUGUGAUUGUA